AACAUUACCGGUUUGAUACCGAUUGUUUUGUCAAAAAAACUUAAAAAACACAGCUGUUGGAGAAAUUAUCAGAUACAUAAGGGCUCUUUUGAAAAACUCGAAUCAAAUAAAGAAAAUUUGAAAAUGUUGAGCUCCAAAGGAAUUUCAUCUCUCAUCAGAGGCCGCCAGGUUGUUCACCACGCCCUAAGGGUGCAGGCAUGUCAGAAGCACACCCUUCCUGACCUGCCCUACGACUACAACGCCCUUGAGCCUGUCAUCUCUGCUGAAAUCAUGCAGCUGCACCACUCAAAGCACCACGCAACCUACGUCGCAAACCUGAACGUCGCCGAAGAAAAGCUUGCUGAGGCUCAGGCCAAAAAUGACGUCAGCAGCAUCAUCAGCUUGGCCCCGGCCCUGCGGUUUAACGGGGGUGGCCACCUGAACCACUCAAUCUUCUGGCAGAAUUUGUCUCCAAACGGAGGCGGCGAACCUUCCGGCGAGUUGUUGGACGCCAUAAAGAGAGACUUUGGGUCUUUCGAGGCCAUGAAGACGCAGUUGUCAGCCUCGACCGUGGCUGUUCAGGGCUCUGGCUGGGGUUGGCUGGGUUUCAAUAAGCAAACCAAGCGUCUCCAAAUUGCCGCUUGCCCCAACCAAGACCCUCUGGAAGCUACCACAGGUCUGGUACCCUUGUUUGGUAUCGACGUUUGGGAGCACGCCUACUACCUGCAGUACAAAAACGUGCGUCCCGACUACGUCAAAGCCAUCUUCAACAAGGCCAACUGGGCCGAUGUGGCCGCCAGGCUUGCCAAAGCCUCCAAAUUUGUCGCUUGAACAAAAAUAUAUUUUUGGCUCUUGAACGCAGAGCAUUGAUCGUUGACGAGGCCGAGCUGCCAAAUUGAAGCAGAGGACAUAGAAAGGUUUUGCUUGUUUCGAAAAAAAUAAUUAUGAAAAUGUAUUUAAGUUUUUACAUAGCGUAAAGGGUUUUUAAGGGAAAUUAUUUUCCAUAUUUUGAUAUUUUUUAUAAAAAUUAUUCUUUAGCGAAAGUGAGUUUAAAUUGCUAGUUAGUAAGAAUAAUUCACUAUUUUUGUUUGACUCUUGGAAAUUGGUAGCUCUUUAUGACAAUGUCACAGCUUGGCGUUGAGCCCAGA